GCGGGUCCACUGCCCGCCCCCCUCCUCGCCCCCUCCUCUCCCGGCGGGUGUCGGGCCGCUGCCCGAGGAGAGGCGGCGGUCCCCGCGGCGGCCGCAGAGGGGGCGGCGGCGGAGGGCGCCGCGGGCGAUGCCCCUGCCCGGCCGCUCCGGCGGGGGACGGCGCGAGCGGCGGCGGCGGCGGCGGGGGAGCAGGCGGGGGGCGGCGGCGGCGGCAGCAGAGGGGCAGAGAGCUGGCGGCGGAGGCGGUGAAGGGCAUCGGCGGCGGCGGUGAUGGCAGCACUGAUCUGAAGAUGGAAAGAGCCAGGCGAAGGGGAGGCGGCAGUGGCCGCGGCCGCGGCGGCAAGAAUUUAGGGGGCUCUGGCCUAAGCAAGAGUAGACUCUAUCCCCAGGCCCAGCACUCCCACUACCCCCACUACGCGGCUUCAGCCACCCCUAAUCAGGCUGGGGGCGCCGCAGCCGAAAUCCAGGAGCUGGCCUCCAAACGAGUGGACAUCCAGAAAAAGAGGUUUUACCUAGACGUGAAGCAGAGCUCCAGGGGCCGGUUCCUCAAGAUAGCCGAAGUCUGGAUAGGGAGAG